AUGGCUGAUGGAUCUCCACAUGAAAUAGGGGUUGUGAGCAUUAUGUUGAUUGGCAAGACUGGGAGCGGUAAAAGCAGUACAGCAAACUCUAUCCGCGGGAUAGAAGGCACUUUCAAAUCAUCGUGUGGACUGCAAUCUCAAACAUCAGAAUGCCAGUAUGAUAUUUUCUAUUUGGAAGAAGCCAAUGCCACCAUUGAAAUCAUUGAUACUCCAGGACUCUGCGACACGCGAGCGAACAUUACUCCCGAGUAUAUAGCCGAUGAAUUGGUCAAAUCCGUAGUUCUCGUUGCUCCUGGUCCUCAUGUGUUUUGCAAUGUGUUAUCGUCAACAACUCGUUUCACUGCUGAGGAAAACGACACAAUUGCCCAAUGUGAAGCUAUAUUUGGCAAAGAAUUUUACGAGCAUUCGUGCGUUAUCUUCACCGGCAGAGAUCAGCUUGAACGCCAAAAGGUUUCUGUAGAUGAUUUUAUUUUCAAAAACCCCCUACCCGAGGUACAUGACCUACUUUCCAAGUGCGACUAUCGUUAUGUCUUCAUCGAUAAUAGCCAACCAAUAGAUGAAAGGAAAACUUGGGGGUUACUCGUGUUUGAACAGAUGCGGGAAUGGGAACUGUUUGGGAAACGAUACCAAGAUCAACGUGGAUUGACGAAACUUGCUGAUGAAGUUACAGAAGUGGCCGCUGUUGCUACUGGCACCGAGAAAAGGCUUAUGAAGCAUAAGAUUGCUCAUAGUUGGGGAAAAUACAAAAAAUAUUUUAAGCCUGUUUUCAAGAAAAUGAGUACACUCUUGUCAGUCAUGGGUGGAGUGGGCAACAUCGUUGUCAGUAUUCUUCGAAGUACGGGAACACUCUAGAUAUACUAUAGAUCCAUACGAUACAUUUAACGAAUGGGAAAUUGGUAAUGAUUUGACAUCAUUUCGCCGAGAAAUCGUAAUUACAGUUAGCGAAUGACAUCCUUGGCCCAGGUGUAAUUCAUUGCAUUACAUAACAUGAGCUGCUGUGAAAGCAGAGAAGAUCCCGAAAGAGGAUUUGGCCAGUGACAGCGAUAUUCUUUAGACUGGCAUGGACCGAUUUGGUGAUAAUAUUAUAUAUUAAUGUCCAGACCAAACAUUUAGUCAGCAGUUGAAAUAAUUCUAUUUUUUUAAUUAAAAGGUUAUAAGAUUGCUGCAUAUUAAGUUUAUUCAAUCCUAAGAU